AUGGACAGAGACGGCCUACUUCGCUACUCAGGAGGCGUCCUGCUAUGGGCAUCCCUCCUGCCGUCAGACCAGCAUGACGAGGCCACUCAAACUGCCAUUCGCGCUGCACUCCGGCGUGGGAGAGAGGGCGUUGUGCAGCCGCCUGACCUUUCAGAGUAUUCUGCGGAUGCCAUCAUGGCCAGAUUGAGCGCCGAAGACAAACCGAAGCACUGGGCAGGGAUACUUUCAAUGAUGCAAGAUCUGGCGCGAGAGGAGGCUUCAGGUUCACGUGGGCUAGACCUUCGGCACCCAGCUGAUUCAUAUGGCUUCAAAGCGCUUCAAGAUCUGGACAGGCCCGAACAGCAAAAUGGCGCGACUGGGACGGCUUCAGGACUCGGGGGCCUGCACCCAACUCCCAUCGACCAAGGCCUAAAUCGAUACCUAUAUCAGCCACUACCUACACCAACGUCAAUCCGAGUGUUGGAAGUAACAGGUCAACACAGUAACGCAGAAUGUUCCGAAGGCCUGAUCAGGUGCAAGCUACACACUGUGGAUCUCCUUGACAAUCCCGAGUACGAUGCUCUGUCUUACGUCUGGGGCGCACCAAGGUUGGUGUACAGACACGAUGAAGCCGUACCAGAUGUGAAGACUGCAAACAAGAGGCAGUGUCCUAUCAUGUGCGACGACAAAAUCUUAUAUGUAACACAAAACGCAUACGACUUCCUUCAGACCUCUUCACUCGCACAGGCAGGCCUGGAUAUCUACAACAGCCAACGCACCGAGGAGCCUAAGGCAACCGGAUCUGGGAAGCGAUGGUCGCUGAAGCGCAUUCUGAAGCGCAAAGAUAAGCAGAAACAGACAGUGGAACCCUUACUCUUACGCCUCUGGAUAGACAGUGUCUGCAUUAACCAAGAUGACAUCCCAGAGCGCAACGCACAAGUGGAGAUGAUGGCCGAGAUCUACUCAAAGGCCAAGUCGGCCAUCGUAUGGCUCGGGCCCGAGGCGUGGUACACCGAACAGGCAUUCCGGUCUUUAGAAGCCGUCAUGGCAGCGACAGCGCGGUUCGUUCAGUCUGACGUUUCACACGUCGACAUUUUCAACAUGCGGUGGUGGCAGUCCGAAGGGCUCCCCGUGCCUGGGCAGUGGGCUGCCUUGAUCGUGCAGGAGAUAUCGUUAGCAAAGCGAGCUACUGUCUACUGUGGGAUGAAGUCCAUAAGUUGGGACCAGCUCACCCGAUGCUGUUGGUUUCUGCUUCGCAAUGGUUGGUUUGCGCAAAUGGAACGGGUGCGCAACUACUGCAUUGACGGCAUAACCGUCUCUGGUCGGGCGGCCUUCUAUGUGGCUCACAUUGUGGCCACAAAAGGCAUCGACGCCGACGACUUCAGGCCACCAGAGUGGUCCCGGGAUCGAAUGUUCUUUCCGUUGGGAAGUACCAAAUCCUUGCCGUUGUCCCUGGAUCCGCUCUUCAUGAUAGCAGGUCAAUGCCGGGCCUUGGGCGAAGCUGGGAAGGGUGCAUCUAUCGAACAGCAUGCCUUCAUUUUCCGUCAAGUCCUCGAAGAGUGCCGCGCCUUUGAAGCGACUGACGGCAGAGACAAAAUCUACGCCUUCCUUUCGAUCGCGGAGAGCUGGCUGCAAACUCCUCGCCCCACCCAGCAACGGCCGAUAAGAGUAGCUUACGAGCAGUCAUUGCAAAAGGUCUAUAGAGAUGCAGCGGCGUACAUCUUGUCAUCCAGCACGACUCUCUCUGACCGUCACACGGAAAUACUGUGGCAGAUCGAAGAUCAGAGCGUUCGGAAGACCCCAAAUCUCCCAAGCUGGGUUCCGGACUUCAGCGUUGAGUGCUUUCCGGCACAAUUCGCAGACGCUGUGGCUCGGGAAUGGAACGUUUGGCCGCUCAGCUAUCGCCCUGAUACUGUGCCUCUCGUCGAAGGCGACCGUUACCGCACCUCUGGCGCCUUGGUUGAUACACUGGUCGAAGUCGCUGCGCUCGAUGGCGAUGUUUUGGGUAACGCUGCAAAGGUUGCAUGUAGGCUUCCACCUGUCUAUCGAGGGGCCUCCAGAGUGCAUGAAAUAGACCCAGAUGCAAGUGAUUGCACACCCAGAGAUGGAUUGGAGUGCGAUCAAUUCUUCGACGAUGUCACAUCCUCGGAAUUUGCUGCUGACAUGAUUGAGAGAGGUUCGCAAGACACAUCACUCACACGUGCGGAAUCUCCCGAAGACCAAUUUCCAUGGCUAUCAGUAGAGACAUGCCGUGAGGCAUACCGGGAGCAGCUUCAAGAAUCAACAGUGCCGCUCGCAUCCUCGACUAGACGUCAAACGAGAGUCGAGGCUCUCUGGCGCGUUCUGCUUCUGGAUUACUGCGGUGAAGACCCUUCGCCUCUCGAAACCGGUUUCGCUUUCGGAGACUGGAUCUUGGACCGCAUAGAACGGAUGCACACUCUCUACCUCCUCUCUCGAGAUACGCCAUCAUUGGCGGCACUCCGUAAAAAGCUUCAACUCUGGCAUUCGCUGCAGAUGGACGAGCCCAGUGAGGGAACGGCUCGGCUGGCGUGGCCGGCCACCAGGCCAGAAGACAAGCACGCGUUGAUCGCUUAUGCCAGACUGGACUUUGACGUAGGAAUUGGACUGAGCUACCUGCGCCAUCUUGAACGAGAACCCUCGCUCCUUAACAAUCAGGCGGCCGACGAGGCCAGGCUUGGCGUGGAUGCCAUGGUGAAGGACGCGGAAGCGGCGCCGUUGAUCAGGUACCUUCCAACGAUGGAGCAGAUCAGAGCCCAUCUGCUCUCCUCGUGCGAACGAUCCGAGUCAUUGUCCGAUUCGGAGAGUAUGCGCAGUGUCCGUCAAGCUAAGUUCUUCAAGCAAUAUAAUCAGUACUCUCCAGGACGGCGAGUAUUCAGAACGAAGAACGGGUGGCUGGGCUAUGGUCACCAGUCUGCGCAGGCUGGCGAUGAGCUGUGGUUUCUUGCCAAUUGUACAGUGCCUGUUCUCCUGCGACCGCUUGAGGAUGGGACGAGGAGGAUCGUUGGCGUUUGUUACGUGCAUGGGUUGAUGCAUCGAGAGGAGAGCCGGCAUGAGUGGCAGAGGAUUGUGGAUGAUCUAGUUAUUGUAUAG